AGCUCGGCGGCGGCGGCGGCGGCGGCGGCGGUCGUGGCUGCCGUGGAGCAGGCCGGACCCCCACGCUCGCUGGCGGAGCUUCCCCGAGCGCUGGACGAACGCGGAGCCGCUGUGUGGGGCAGCCUCCGCGUCGGGGCUGACAGCAGGACAGGUGCGGGCAGCGCGGGGACCGAGCUGCAUCCAAGCUUCAUUAUGUAUCAGAAAAAUGAAAAAGCAGAGGAAAAUUCUAUGGAGGAACAGAAUCCAUGUAGCUUUUUCUGAGAAAUGGAAUACUGGGUUUGGAGUCUUUAAAAAAUUCUAUCUUCACCAACACUUGUACAUUCUGAAAACUAAGUUGGGAAGGCCAAUUACUUAUAAUAGACUGUUAAGACAAUUCCAGAAUAAAAAGAAGGACCUUCAAAUCCAGAAAUCGUGGAUCCAGGAUGAACCACUUUGUGCUAAGACCAAGCCUCGUGUGGCUGCUGAGAAUGUUAGUGCUUUUUCCUCGAAAGUGAAAAGAAAGGACUGUAAGCCCUUAAUCUCUUCUUCAAGGAGUCUCUUGAAAGUCCAAACAGAGAAAUUGCUGUCAUCAGCUAAGAACUCUGACUAUGAGCACUGUGGAGAGAGAAGUCUCUUGGAAGCAGUUGCUGACUUGCCAGCAAAUGGUCUUUUAAGUCAGGCCAGUGGUCGCAGACCUAGGAAGGAGCCACAAGCUUCUGACUUUCCCAUGAAGUUCCAAGGGGAGAGCCAAAGUCCAGGUGAGAGUGGCACGAUUGUGGUCACCUUGAGCAACCAUAAGAGAAAGCGCUUUUGUUAUGGUUGCUGCCAAGGGCUGGAACAUCACAGGAAUGGGGUCCCCCUGAUUCCAAAAAAGUUUCAACUUAAUCAACAUAAGAGAAUAAAGGUGUCUCCUCUUAUGAUGUUUGAGAAAUUAUCCAUGAUCAGAUUUCGGUACAGGAUUCUGAGAUCCCAGUACUUUAGAACGAGAGGCAAAGUUUGCAAACUGAGGAAAGCCCAGAGAAGCUGGGUACAGAAGGUCACUGGGGACCAUCAAGGAACACUUAGGGAUAACAGUGAGGGUGGCACUUGUAGUCCAUUCCCUUCUCCAGAAGAGAAAGACACUUCUUGCUGGCAUCAGCCGUACUUUCCAAAUAUGGACAGCAGUGCUUUGGUGAAGGGGAAGAACUCCCAUGUGCCUGAUGGCCAAAUUAAAGGAAACCCUUUUUUGGGCAAGGAGCAUCAUUUAGAUGAAGCAUUCUCUGACCAACAAAAUGGCAGUGCUCCAUACACCUGGGACCAGUCACCCUGUUCCUCUCCAAAGUGGGAGUGUGCAGAGCUGAUUCAUGAUACCCCCUUGUCAGAACAUCAUUCUGGUAACAUGUUCAUCUCGGAAACUGAAGGAGAGACUGUGACUUUGGUUCAGGAAAAUCAAACAAGUGCCGAGAGUGAGGACAGAAUACCACUGUCAGUGUCUGAGACAGACAAAUCUGUGAGUCAUGUGGAUGGGCCUGUGUCUGAAGAAACUGGCCCCCAUGAAAACUCACAUCACAUGGAAGAGGAUGGGUCUCUCAAGCAGAAUAUUCUCAGUUCUAAGUUGCUGGACCACCCUUACUGUAAAAGUCCACUGGAGGCUCCGCUGGUGUGCAGUGAACUCAAGGUAGAGAACCAAGUGGGAGGUGGGAAGAACAGUCAAAAAGCAACUCCAGUGGAUGAUGAGCAGCUGUCCAUCUGCCUUUCUGGAUUCCUAGAUGAGGUUAUGAAGAAGUAUGGCAGUUUGGUUCCACUCAGUGAAAAAGAUGUCCUUGGAAGACUAAAAGAUGUUUUUAAUGAAGACUUCUCAAAUAGGAAACCAUUUAUCAAUAGGGAAAUCACAAACUAUCGAGCCAGACAUCAAAAGUGCAACUUUCGCAUCUUCUACAAUAAGCACAUGCUGGACAUGGAUGAUCUAGCCACCCUGGAUGGUCAGAACUGGCUGAAUGACCAGGUCAUUAACAUGUACGGUGAGCUGAUAAUGGAUGCAGUUCCAGACAAAGUUCACUUCUUCAACAGCUUUUUUCACAGACAGCUGGUAACCAAAGGAUACAAUGGUGUAAAAAGAUGGACUAAAAAGGUGGAUUUGUUUAAAAAGAGUCUUCUGUUGAUUCCUAUUCACCUGGAAGUCCACUGGUCUCUUAUUACUGUGACACUCUCUAAUCGAAUUAUUUCAUUUUAUGAUUCCCAAGGCAUUCACUUUAAGUUUUGUGUAGAGAAUAUAAGAAAGUAUUUGCUGACUGAAGCCAGAGAGAAAAAUAGACCUGAAUUUCUUCAAGGUUGGCAGACUGCUGUUACAAAGUGUAUUCCACAACAGAAGAAUGACAGUGACUGUGGAGUCUUUGUGCUCCAGUACUGCAAGUGCCUCGCCUUAGAGCAGCCUUUCCAGUUCUCCCAGGAAGACAUGCCCCGGGUGCGGAAGCGGAUCUAUAAGGAGCUGUGUGAGUGCCGACUGAUGGACUGAAUCUCUGCAAGGACUCUGGGAAGUCUGGCCUAGUUGGAACAGAUGGUUUGUUACUUGAAUCUCCAAACACUUAUUUGAAUUUUUACAGAUGUUUCAGAUCAGUGGUGUUGGGCCACUAUUGUUACCUCAAAUUUAUUUUCUGCCCUUAUUCUUUUCUCCAGCUAUAUCAUGUAUUAUUUUUUAAUGUUCAGUUUGGUUUCAUUUUUAAUUUUAUGGAUUUCGCGCGUCUCCCCUCCCAUAUUUAAUAUUUAUUAUCCAAACGCAUGCAUAUAGACAGAGCAUGCAGUGAAGAGUAUUAAAAAAAAAAGCCUAGUAGAUUUGGUGCAGCUUUUGAAACUUAGUUAGACAUGAACUGAAUACAGGUUGAAAAUUUAAUCCCAGAACCUAAAAAUGCAAGAUGUUUUUGAUACAAAAUAACUCUGUAGAUGUUCCCUGCAACAUAAAGGGAAGCCAGGAGUGGUGUUGACAAAGCCAGUCCUAUUUUACCAGGAGCACCUGUCGCCAACUUCUCUCUCCAAGGGAAUCUCAGUACAGAUGCAUUCCUGUGUAAGAGUGAGGUGAAAAGUGACUGAACUGACGGGGUGUUCUGUUUAUGGAGGCAUGCUUGUUAAGCGCACAGUGCCUGCUUUGGGAAGCACUGAGUAAGGAAGUAAGGUAUGACAAAAAGAUAGUGACCUUGUGGGCCAGUUAUCUUAACAAGUGAGAUUUUGAGAAUUAUGAUACAUAGCUUAAAUCUCAAAAAGGAUUUUGCUGGGACAUUGAAUUGCCUGGCUUUCUCUGGGUUUGACUUGUUAAAAAUCUUACCCAUCAAAUUAGUGGUCAAAUAAGAAUUCAGCCUUUCUAUUGAAAGAUUUUCAAAUCGUCACUUCAUCUUACCACCUGAGUGGAAGAAAUUGUGAUUUACCAAAUGCAAUUCUAUUUCAAGGGUUUCAGAAAUAAGAACAUCCAAAAUUGAAGGCUGAUUUCAGGUCUUUGCAGGUGGGAUGAGAACAGGGAAAGUCACAGAUUGUAGUAAAUGUCAUAGAGGUUCUCCCAUCCCUGUUUCUUCAGCCUUGCAGCAACAUGGGAGGCGCGCUUGGCUGCUGAAGGACCGUCCUAACAUCCCAGCACAGGGCUCCUCCCCGCCUGUGGAACCUCGACACCCCGGAAAAGCCUGUUAAAGUGGUCCUGAACUUACCCCUGAACUGCAUUAGGGUUAAUGUGGCCUUCUAUGACAUAUUUGAAAGGAAAUAAGGGAGGAAGUGUAUUAAACCUAUUCAGUUAUCUUUUCUGAACUGGGGAGGGAAGCAACGAAUGUAUAUAAGAAUCUCAGAAGCUUGUUUAGAAAAAUAACCAGGUAAAUAGCAGAAAAUACUUGAACUUCAAUACUUUGACUUAGGUAUGAGAUGUUGAAAAGAAAGGGCUGAGAUGUUUGGUUUACCUUGGCCCUGAGGGGCAGCUGAGGGUUGAGUCAGACCAUGUUUACACAUAGGGUUCUUGAUACUAGUACUGAUCCUGGGAAACAGCCUCUGCACCUCUGGCGUCCUCUAGACUCCAACUCCUUAGCAUAAAACCAGGUCAGUAUUUCUUAACUGUGCUUCAGGUGGUUAAAAAGUAAGAGUGGAGGCACUUCAUGCUGUUACAGGUAGGGUUGUGUCAGCAGUGGGAAAAAUGACAAUUUGAAAUGAGGAAGAUGUCUUGCUGAAGUUUCCAGAGAUAAUCAUACCAACAUGAGCUUUGUUUCACAAUUUGUGUGCAAGAUAUCUGCCUCUCAUCUCCCCCUGCCCAUCCACAACCCACCUGGAUAUACCAAAGUAGCCCAUAACACGGCUAUGGACAUGAAAUGUCUUUGUGAUUUCAAAGUGAGGCAGUAGCUCAUUUCCUCACGGACAUCCCAGCCAUACCGGACAUGGAAUUGUGUUUCUGCCACCGUCUAAAUGCUCAGAGCUCAAGUUGCCAUUUCCAGUAACCUGAGAAACGGUCCAUGUCAGCCCUGAGGCCUGCAGGGAUGAGUGUAGAGACCCUUAAGUGAAUUCUCCAAGUGCAGUUACUUUUUCACGUCCAGCUUAAUUGGGCACCUUAAAGUGUGAUGCCCAGCAUGGUUUAGGCUAUGUUGUAUUUUAAAAGUCUGUUUUACAGGUGUGUUUUCUUGUCAUUUAUGAAACUUGGUUUUAGUACAAACAGUUACUUUCCUCUUAUAAUUAGGUAUAAACCGAAACCUUUAUUUAGCUCAAGUCCUAAAUAGGAUAUCUUUUGUCCUGAUGUUUGCAAUAAUUGCUUCCUGCAAUAAAGCUAUUUUUGAAACAUUCCCUGGGCUGUUGGUGAAAGAGACAGGCAUUUCUUUACUGUUAUUUGCUUGGCACUGAACUGUUAGCUGCCCACAACGUAGGCAACCCUUAUGCAGUUGGGAUUGAAUGUAGACCUUGUACAAAAUAAAAGCUAAUUACUAAGUCCUUCAGCAAGCUGCCCAGUCCUCUAAUGAGCAGAUUUACCAGGUGACAUAGUUGCUUCUUUGCAGUGGCCAUUCCUUUUAUUAAAAGUGUAACAAUGAAAAUAAGGUUUUAUUCAACUUUUAGUUAAAUUUAUGUAUAGAGACAACUUUCAGGUAGCAUUAAGGAUGGAAAAGAAGCAUUUGCUGCUAAUAAUCCCCUCAGUUUUACCCUCCUCCCCCUGAUUUCCAGCUUUUGCAUUAUUUUUUCUACUUAGCCUUGAAUAUGAGUGACAUGGUCAUCUUGAAUUUAGAGUUGGAAUAAGACAGUAACAGAACUAAUGGGAUGCAGUCGAUACUAGCCUAAUCUGGUUUCCCUUUCUUUCUACUGUUGUGGUUCAUUGCUUCCGUGGGUUGCAAGGAUUUGGGAGCCUGGGGGUGUCGUCCUUUCAGGCAAGAACAGUGUACUGGGAGUGUGCUUACUUAUGUCAAGAAACCAAGUUAGCAGUUACGAAGCACAUGUUAUGCACUAGCUCUGCCUCCUGACCUGUAGAGGACUUGAGGAAACCAUCAAAGUGCUUAUUACAUUGAGUGUUGCAAAAGCGGACCUAAACCAGUUGUUCACUUAAAUGGUACCUGUUGGUCAAAAAAGAAUUUAUUUAAAGAUUAUGAUCAUGUAAAAUUACAGUACUCAACCCUUAUAGCAAAAUAUUUUUUGAAAAAUAAACUAAAUGCCUUUAUAAA